AUGCGGUUAUGAAACGCAGCUGCGCCGGGGAGCCCCAAAUGAAGCGCGGCGGCUCCGACAUGAACUGAGGCGGGACACAAAGCACCUCCGAGCUCUUCAGACCUCCAGACCUGCCUCCAUCCGCUUCCUGCUUUUCUCUCGGACCGAGGAGAACCGACCUUUCAAGACGGAGGGGGUCGUGGAGCACCGCGGCAAAAACAGGGGCAACAUGCGCGAGCGGGACUUCAUGCCCAACAUGGAGAGAGGCAAACCUGCCACCUACACGGGGGACAAAAAGGCCAAAAUGGCUGCUAAGACGAACAAGAAGUGGGUGAGACUCGCCACUGUGUUUGCCUAUGUGCUGUCGGUGUCCUUAGCAGCCAUUAUCCUGGCUGUUUACUACAGCCUGAUCUGGAAACCCACCGGCGCAUCUUCCAAUUCAGCUGGGAAGCCCGUGGGGCCCGAAGGGGUCCCCCCCACCGCGAACAGCUCCACAGUCCCCUCCAACAGCUCAGUGUCAGAGUUGAACUCCACACAGAGCAGGAUGCUGUCCGUGAAGGGCUGGCUGAGCUCAACCCCGCACAAUCUGGCGUUUCAGUGGGACCAAGGGGUGGAGGGGGUCUCUGCGCGCGGUGCGGGCACGGAAGGUGCGCAGGAGGAAGGACUACACGCGCCUUCGUACGGUCACACGGAGAGAUCGGACACGUCUCCAAGCACCACGGAGUCUCCUGUUAUCCAGGAGGACGAGGAGGAGGAGGAGGAGGCUGCAUCCUAAAGCCUGAUCUGACCAGAGAGGAGGCUGAUCCCCUGAUCCUCUGACUUUAAGACUUACCCCCCCAUCCCAAAAUGGAGUGUUUUACAUUCUCAGUACCGCAGGUCGGAUAACACAAAGGUCUCUGCUUAAAAAUAAUAAUAAUUUGGGAAAAAAAAACUCCAUUUGCAGAGUCCACAGGAUGCUGGGGUGCACAUUUUAUGACCGAGGAAAGAGGAGCUAUUUUCUUCAGAGAUCACUGUUUUUCCUUCUCGUUUUAUUUAGAACAUCUGCCUUAAAAUCAGUUUGUGUCUACUUUGCCUCGGACACCUUUGAUAGCCUGCCUGCACAUCUGGAUAAAACUGGGUGAAGUCACGGGAGUUAGGGCCAAAAAUAAAGGUUGCGCAAGACCUAAAUAUGUCUCACACAUAUUACGCCACUGCCAUUUAUUAGCCGGUUCAGAUUCACACUGCUUUAUUUUAACAUAACGGAUCAAACUCCCAUUAGGGGAACCUGCAUUAUUAAUUUAUGCUCAGGUACAGUAUGUGCAUAUAACCAUGUAAAUGUUACGUGUAUUUGGUUAUGUACAUAUAAGACAGGCAUACAUAUUUUCGCCUUGAUUAACUUUUAGUGGAAUUAGGUGAUUUUUAUUCAUGUAUAACAGAUAUAACUAUAUCACAACAAACAAAUAAACAUCCUUAGAAAAUAAUCUUUAUUUCUAUGGUUUUAUAU